UAUGAGCUCCUCCCCCUGACGUUACGUCAACUCAGGGGGCCAGUUUACAAACUGCGCCAUUAGGUCAACAACAUGGCGGGCGCAGUGGCGAAGAAGUGUCUCAGUCCUCUGGCUUUACUCUCGAGAAGGCUCUCAGCUCCAGAGCUUGUCUUUCAGAGCUGCUAUCACCAGAAGGUGGUGGAUCACUAUGAGAACCCAAGAAAUGUGGGCUCAAUGGAUAAAAACUCCAAGAAUGUUGGAACUGGUUUGGUGGGGGCUCCUGCCUGUGGAGAUGUGAUGAAGCUCCAGAUCGAAGUUGAUGACCAGGGGAAGAUUGUGGAUGCAAAAUUUAAAACCUUUGGCUGUGGUUCUGCCAUCGCCUCUAGCUCUUUGGCCACUGAGUGGGUGAAAGGCAAAACUUUGGAUGAAGCUCUGAAUAUAAAGAACACCGACAUUGCAAAGGAGCUCAGUCUUCCACCUGUCAAACUGCACUGCUCCAUGCUUGCAGAAGAUGCCAUCAAGGCGGCCCUUGCAGAUUAUCGCCUGAAGCAACACGACAGCCAGAAGAAGGCAGGCAGAGUCGGCAAUUAAACUACGCAGUCCCACUUUGAGCUGAAUGCCAUCUGCUUUCUGUUACUAGGGCAAGAUGUAGUACUGCAUCCAUUAUACUUUCCAGCAGUAAUUUUGACUAGUACAUUGUGGUCAACCCUGUAACAGCGCCACACUAUGCUUUCUGUAGUAGUGUGUGAUAUUCAGAGUCUGUAUACUGUAUUUAGCCUGUCACGUAAACGCACAAUUUACACAAAGCUAAUACAAAGAUGAGCCUUAUUCUGUGAAAUCAUAUUUUCUUUGUGGAUUUUAUUCAUUUUAUUUUGAAAGGUUCGAUGCAGGUUUUGAUCUUUGCUGAAAGUUGUGACCUGUUGGCACCACCAAAGCACUGCCUGUUAAAGGAUUGCAAACCAAAAAUCAACAAGUGGUCCAAUGAGUUUGGUUGUAAAUUAUAAUAUUUACAAAUGCUUCAUUGAAAACCUGCAAUAAAAAUAUUGUAAAUUUA